GUCGAAGUCCAAUGUGACUUGUAUCUGUGAUUGGAGGAAGUUCUUCCUUGCUGCUCUCCCUAUCGGCUACCAGAUUUUUUUGUGCAGGCAAUAAACCCAGUGGUCCUCAAGGACGGGGACGGGAACGCGUAGAUGUCGGACGGCAGGAAAACCGAGAAGAAGUUGCCGUGCAACCUCCUUCCGCAUCGGCGCCGUGGCGAUCGGCGAGCCAAGUUGUGGUGGGAGCUGCUGGUUCGUUGGGCUGCUGACCCGUCCCGCUCGUUCGUAAAAGUAGCGUCCCCAUCUGGAGCAAAUGCUGAUGCGGUCCUCCCUUCCUCCCUCGAAGACUUCUUGGCUUCUUGCUCGCGGUCGUCCCCCGCCACCGCGUCGUCGUGCCCGCUGCACCUUCUUAACCUCCCCAGCCAGCCACGUCGUCGCUUCGCCGAUCUCGUCACGCAUUAGGGUACAGCAUCACCUUCUACAGGUCCAGCUUCUUCUCACUUUCCCAGUUCCUCUAUUCGUCUCGUCACCGUCAGUCGUCAGAGAGUAGCGCGCAGCUUCUUCUCAGUCCCCGCUUCGCUUGGUUGCUUCUCUCCUUUGCGGCUGCGCCCACAGUUCGCAGAUUGCAAUUGGUUAAUGGAGCGCCCGCGCCGGCGCCCGGAGCCGGCGGCGAUCGACAUCACCUGGGUGUCGUGCCGCGGCGUCAGGUCGUCGCUCCCGUUCCACACGCCGUGCCUCUACGCGUCCAUCUUCGUCACCCCGUCGUCCGCCAGGGGCGUCCACGGCCCACGCCGGCCCCACCGCGUCAAGACGCCCACGGACCGCGCCGGCGGCGGGAACCCCGAGUGGGACGCGCCCCUGCGGCUCUACCUCCCCGACGCCUCGCCAUCGCCACCGCCGGCGGAGGCGGGAAAGAGCAAGAAGGACAUUGGUGACGGCGGCGACGACGUCCUUCUGCUGCGGUUCGAGCUCAAGGCGGAGGUGGCCGUCCUCGGGGACAAGCUCGCCGCGUUCGCCGCGGUGCCGGUCCACGACCUCGUCGCCGACGGGCGGACGCGCCGCGUGUCGUACCAGCUGGCGGGCCCCGACGGCAGGCAGCCCAACGGCGUCAUCUCCUUCUCCUACACCUUCCACGAAAGAAACGGCGACGAUGACGGCCGCAGCAGCGACGGCGAGCUCGCCGUCACGCCGCCCUGCCCUACAGCGUCGUCCACCAGUCCCGUCGCGCACGCACUACCGCUCACGACCGCGGCGCCGCGGCUGUACCCGGCGAUAGAGUGGCCGCUGGAGGAGCAAAUACCAAUAAUUUACUCACCGGUGACAGCAGAAUCCGCUGCCACGCUCGCCGGCUCGCGGUACUACCCUCCUCCACCGCCGGCGACUCCAGCGGAGCCGGUUGCGGUAUACCCGCCGCUGUUGGCAGGGACGUCGCCCGCCUGCAGCGUGUACCCGCCGGUUGUGGACGCGGUGCCGGCCAGCGGUAUGUACCCGACGGUGGACCUUGCUCCGGUGAGAUGCUACCCGCCGGCGGCGCCGGCACCGUACGGCGUGGGGUGCGGGUACGCGGCGGCGCCGGGAUGGGACGAUCGGUGCCUGUACGGCUGAAGCCGUUGUUACGCGCGGGUUUCUUAGUUUGGUUCACCAUUUCUUGGUGCUGCCCUCCCCGCCUCCGCGUUUCACAUGGAACGCGGAGCCGGCGCGCGGCGUGUAGUUGUCGUGCACUCCAUCACUCCAUGAACAGUUCGUCUGUUCCUGAGCCUUGCAGGUUUCGAUCUUGUACGCAAGUAGAUGCGCUCGUUCCGUCGUAAUUUUUUUUGUAUUCUUAAUAUUGUUGAUAUUUUUAACUUCGGCAAUGGAAUACGGGUAUCAUUGUUGA